GCUCCUGCUUCUGGGUCGCUGUCCUGGAUGGCAACGUGGUGGGGAUCGUGGCAGCGCGAGGCAAUGAGGAAGACAACACGGUGGAGCUGCGCCGCAUGUCCGUUGACUCCAACUACCGCGGCAAAGGGAUCGCCAAGGCCCUGGGCCGCAAAGUGCUGGAGUUUGCUGUGCUCAACAACUACUCCUCCGUCGUUCUGGGAACCACGGCCGUGAAGAUGGCAGCCCACAAGCUCUACGAGUCCUUGGGGUUCAAGCACGUGGGUGUCGUCGAACAUUACGCCCUGCCAGGGAUGACACGCUCCUUACUCGAGAGAAUGUUUUUCCAGCUCCGCUACCACCGCUACCGCCUGCAGCUGUGGGAAGAAUAAAAAAAAACCC